UAUGAUAAACAGUCUCAUAGUAGUACCCACUCAAAAGUGAUUUUUACAAAAACAAGAACAAGAAAAGCAGAGGAAGAAGAGAGAGCAUUUCUUUAUUUCUUUCUUAUAAUUUUUUUUUUCUCUUCUUUCUUAGAGAACAGAGAGAACCAUCCAAAGACAAAGACGGCUUUUAAUCUCUGCUUUGCUUGUGAAGUUGGCUUCGUUUUCUGUAUAAUCCCAUCUCCCAUCCACACCACGACGAAAAACCAACAGAGAAACUACAACUUUUUCCCCCCCCCCCAUAUAAAAAUCAUAAAUUUAUUACUAUUUUUCUUUGGGUCCUUGUUGUUUCAACCCCUUGCUUCCUUGUUUCGAUCGGAUCUGAAGCUCUUCAGUGAAACCCAAAAGAUACGGAGCAGACCCUCAAAGUUAUUUCACUUUCUCUGUGAGGUGUUUGGGUCUCUCUCUGUCAUUGUACCCACCAGCCAUGCAAGAUUGCUUGCUCUCCUCUGCUCUCUCUCCCCUCUGAUCAGUUGGAAUUUGCAGUGGCAGUGUGAAAGCUAUGGAGUCACUGGCUGAUGGGGUUGAUUCUUUAUCGAAGACUUGUCAUUCUGCACCAGAUGUAGGCAACAACCCUCCUUCCACAACUGGUACUCCUCGUCCUUCGCAGCCUCCAUCUCCAAAACAAUCUAGAAGUGAAGGGUUUUUGUCCCCAUCCAGUGUGACUGCUCAUACUUAUGGCUUGAAAACAGUUGGCUAUCCAAAUGGUUCUGUAAUUAAUCAAAAGAAUCCCAACAAGACAGCUAACCGUACCAUGCAGCAGGAAGAGUUUCUGAGUAUGGGAAAACAUUGCAACAGUUCAAACGGAGGAAAACUUGAACAUGGAGGCCCAAAUGAUGUUCUUCACAAACCACCCAAAACUUCUUAUCUGAACAAGGUUUCUGUACUAGAAGCAAAAUCAAGCAUGAAGAAUCCUGUUGAUGGUAGUGAUUCGAGUAGAUUUCUGGAAUCUAGAAAUCAUGUUUUAGGUCCAUGUAAAGGAGUUUCUGGGCAGAAAAAUAGCCACUUAAUUUCUCACCCAGCAGCAACCUUUUGUGCAAGCCCUCAGAACAGUUUGUAUUCUGCCUCUCUAUAUUGUGAAGCCAAACAGAGUUUCACCAACACAGAAGUCAGCGAAUGUACAAGCAGCAUUGAGAAGUCUGGUGAAAGUGGUGAAGUUAGUAAUUCCUGUGAGCUUAUUGAGAGCAGCAAGAACAGCAUCUAUAGAGGCAGUACUGGCAGUGAUGUUAGUGACGAGAGCAGCACCAGUAGUUUGAGUAAUUCCAUGUACAAGCCCCACAAGGCAAAUGAUACAAGAUGGGAAGCAAUGCAAGCUGUCCGAUCUCAUGAUGGGAUGCUGGGUAUUAAUCAUUUCAAGUUGUUGAGAAGACUGGGAUGUGGAGAUAUAGGCAGUGUUUAUUUAUCUGAACUGGCCGGCACUAAAACUUAUUUUGCCAUGAAGGUUAUGGAUAAAGCAGCACUGGCAAGUAGGAAAAAGCUUCUUAGGGCUCAGACAGAAAGAGAGAUACUGCAAUCUCUGGAUCAUCCUUUUCUGCCCACAUUGUAUACACACUUUGAGACAGAUAAGUUCUCUUGCUUGGUGAUGGAGUUUUGCCCUGGGGGUGAUCUGCAUGCACUCAGGCAAAAACAACCUGGGAAGCAUUUUCCAGAGCAUGCUGCCAGGUUUUAUGUGGCUGAAGUUCUCCUUGCUUUGGAGUAUUUGCAUAUGCUCGGGAUCAUUUACAGAGACCUCAAACCAGAGAAUGUUUUGGUGAGGGAAGAUGGACAUAUAAUGCUUUCAGAUUUUGACCUUUCUUUAAGAUGUGCUGUUUCGCCCACCCUUGUAAGAUUUUCAAACUCAAGCUUGGAGACAAAGAAAUCUGCAUACUGCGUUCAGCCUGCUUGCAUUGAACCAGCUUGUGUAAUGCAACCAGAUUGCAUUACACCGACAUGUUUUGCUCCUCGCUUUUUAUCAGGCAAGCCCAAGAAGGAUAAAAAGAGCAAAGUGAAGAAUGAUAUACACAAUCAAGUAAGCCCUCUCCCUGAGCUCAUUGCAGAACCCACGAGUGCUAGAUCGAUGUCCUUUGUGGGAACACAUGAGUACUUGGCGCCUGAAAUUAUUAAAGGUGAAGGCCACGGCAGUGCUGUGGAUUGGUGGACAUUCGGGAUCUUUCUCUAUGAACUUUUGUUUGGAAAAACUCCAUUCAAGGGGGCAGGGAACCGGGCUACUUUGUUUAAUGUGGUUGGGCAGCCUUUAAGAUUUCCAGAGUCACCUUCUGUCAGCUUUGCAGCAAGGGACCUGAUCAGAGGUUUACUUGUGAAAGAGCCACAGCAUCGUCUUGCGUAUAGGCGAGGGGCUACAGAAGUUAAACAGCAUCCAUUUUUUCAAAGCGUGAAUUGGGCACUAAUUCGCUGUACAACUCCACCCCAGGUGCCAAAGCACUACAUAUUGGAAAGUCCUGAUGCGCCAAAGCCACCAAUAAACGGGAAGGUGCCGGGUGUUGACUUGAAGCCUUCUGGUAAUUAUUUAGAGAUUGAUUUCUUUUGAUUCUUAGCCUUGUUUUCCUUGGAUGAACAAAGUCUCCAACUGAUUCGUGUGGGCGCUGCAGUGGUUCCUUUCCAUUGCAAGGAAUACAACUUGGUAGUUCCUUUGAUAGGAACAUGUAACUGCACCAUUAUGAUAACAGCAUUGAGAAAAUGCAAAUGCAUUGAAAAUGAGGAAUGAAAUUGCUGAUCUUUCUUUUUCUGCAAUCGUACUUUGAUGUUUAUGAAUGCUUGCUUUUUUUUUUCCCU